UUCUUCUUUCGCGAAGAUUACGCAGGUUUCAUUGUGAAGGGUAACUUCAUGACGCUCGCUGCCAAGCCCCACCUCAUCGAAGAGGGAGAGUGGCUAGCACAUCAACUCGUGGAGCAGAACCGUUUAUUAACCGGCCUCAUUAAGACCGCCUCCGCCGAAGACCGCACCACAGGCCGCCCAGUCUGCAACGAAGUGACCUGUCCCAGCAUGUCCGCAGGAUCAACCACAUACACCUGGAUCGAUACUAAGGGCAAUCCAAUCAAUCUUGCUGCCAACAUUUACAUCAAGCACAUCCAGACCUGGGUCAACGGCAAGAUCCAAGAUCCAGCGCUCUUUCCCACAGACACCUUGAGCUCUCCGCCACCACUUCCCACCCUGCAAGCGCUGACCGACAACCCCAACCCAAAUUACUGGCUCGGCAAGCUCAGCGGCUUUCCGCCACGCUUUGAGACGGAGAUCAAGAACAUGUACAAGCAAAUUUUCCGCUGCUACGCCCACCUGUAUUGGCAGCACUGGUUCUUCUUCUGGGACACGAGCUCUCACCGUGAGCUCAACACUUGCUUCGUACAUUUCGUCAACGUCGGCAGGCUUUACGGCUUGUUCACAGACAAGGAUGCCGAGCCGAUGCAGCCACUCAUUGAUCUGUGGGUG